AAAAUAUUAUUCUUUGAGCGUACGUACCAAGUACCAACCUACUACCUAGUGCGGAACUGCGGUGUGCCUACAUUCUAAGUAUUGAUUUUAGGAAUUUUAACGUGAACCGUGUCUUGUUUUUAAAGAACCACUAAUUGUCCAGUAAAUCACAAUGUCGAAAAUAAUGGAAGCACAAGAGCAUUGCAAAACGGCUGAGAAAUAUUUAAAGACUGGUCUCUUGAAGUGGAAGCCAGAUUUUGAUUCUGCUGCUGAUGAGUACAGUCAAGCAGGACAAUGCUAUAAAAUUGCACGUGAUCCAAAGCGGUCCAAGGAAUGUCACUUGAAAGCAUCUGAGUAUUACCUCAAAAAUAAUGCAUUUUUUCAUGCUGCCAAGGCAAUUGAAAGUGCGAUAAUUGUCAGCAAAGAGCUUUCUACACCUGAAGAGUUGUAUUCAAUGGCAUGUGACUCUAGCAGUCUUUACCAGCAGCACGGGUCUGGUGAUGCAGGUGCUAAUAUCUUAGACAAGACGGCUAAGAUCAUUGAAGAGAAGGCACCAGAGUUAGCUGUGAAAUUAUUUUCUCAAGCAGCUGAUGUUUCCUCGGUGGAAAGCAGCCAGCAUCAGGGCUCUGAAUAUAUAAGUAAAGCGUCCAGAAUACUUGUAAAGCUACAGAGAUUUGAUGAGGCAGUGGACAGCCUACGUCGUGAAAUUGGCUUCCAUCUUGAAUCAGGAAACGCUAAUGCAGUUGGACGUCUGACAGUGGCCAUUGUACUUGUACAGUUAGCUAGAGGUGAUGCUGUUGCAGCAGAGAAAGCUUAUAAGGAGUGGGGAAACAACUGUGAGGUACCUGAAAUGCAAACACUUGAACAGUUGUUGCAAGCCUACGACGAAGAAGACCGUGAAUCCGCGAAGAGAGCUCUGGCUUCCCCUUUUAUUCGCAGCAUGGAUGUGGAGUAUGCUCGACUUGCUGGUUCGAUACAAUUGCCAGAAGGUAUUGAGCCCGCUCCAAAGGCCACAGUAAGGGAAAACGCAGCAGCAUCGUAUGUCAGCGUUAAUUCCGACUCAGCUGCUGGUGGAAUGUAUAAGGCGCCUGAUAACAAGGAAAUAGAAGAGGAUUAUUCCAAAAAAGCUGAUGAAGAAGAAGAUGAGCUUUGUUAAAAAUGUUCAUGUUGUAUAAUUACGUCAUACAUUGGUAUGGCUUGGCGUUAUGGAUAUGUAUGUAUGUCGAAACAGGCAAACAGUUUAGUUUCAUGCCAAACAAUUUAUCAUGUACGUGUAAACAAUUUUAACUUAAUUGUAUGUUCUGCGCGAAUAUCAUUGAUUAUUGUCUAGUUUAUUAUAUAGUUUUGAAAAUUUAAUCACGGGCUAAUAGUCCACGGUGCAUGCAGGUUUAAUUCAAGUUCUCGGGAAUUCCAUAGGAUGGGAGAAGAGGCUUGUGCCAUACUCGAUCUACGCUAAAUCCAAGCCUUCUCUCUCUUACUUUUCAUGGCUGCUGCACAUCGAUAUGAUGUUAAUUGAUGUACUGGAAGUUUGACAGCCGACCAUGGCUAUAGCGGUUUUAAAUAACGGGCGGUUCAUAAUGCUCUUCAUAAUUUUGGAGGACGCAAAAGAUAUGAGAGUUAGCCGGAUUUUAACGUUUUUUGGGUCGGAUUCGGAUUGAGAUUCCCCUGAAUUCUCGCUGGUGGUAAACCUAAUUAAAAAACCUAUAUUCAUAUAUUUAUAAUUAUUAUUUUGUAUUGUACUUGUAUUUACAGUAAUUUAACAAUGUCUUCAAGUAGACUGAUUUUUAUUUUUAGUGUUAAAGAGUAUUUGUGUGUUGUGACGAAUUAUGCAUUAAAUGAUUAUGAUGGAAAUCAGUAGUAAUAAACAAAGUAAAACAAGUCUAAAAUUUUAUCCAACACAUGCAAUGACAAGAACUUGUGCAAAUUAAUCAUUGAUUACUGUAGUUCUUGUUUUAAUAACCCAAUUCAAUUUACUUAGAACGGAGUGUCAAAUAUUUCUUCAUAAUAUUGUUUAGUGUUAGUUCAUCACUGUCCGAAAUUGUGGUAUUUGUCCCUAUUGUUAGACAAACUGCUGAUAUAUGGCACUGAGGGCAACGAUUAUUAUAUAUAUCCGAUUAUUAUCCGUUAGUAAAAGUAGUAGCACGACCCAAAUGAGGAAAUUGAAACUUUUUUGUUUGUGUUUGUGAAGACGUGGAAACGAAAAAUGGAGUUUGUUUUAUUUAAAGACACUUUAAUUUGAUCUUAUUUAAAUUGGCUUUGUUUAGUAUUUUUAUCAGAAAUAAUUUAUUUUUAUUAAGGCCUCAUUUAAAUUGGUUGGCUAUUAAGUUUAAAUGAUAUUAUGUUAUAUAAAGAAAGUGGUAUCUUGCAGAUUAUAGUCUAAAAUAUUCAAAAAAAUCAUGUUGAAAUCAUCAACCGAAUUCAAUUCCGAUUUUCAUUGAGCGAUAAACAUUGGAAAAAUCGAUCUAUGCGAACACGCUGUCAGGCUAGCCUGAGAAUUGAAUUGAAUCGCAGAGGGAUUGCGUUUAUUGUACAUUGAACCUACCUAUAUUUUCUCUUGUCUGUAUUAAUUUACUUCAAGCAGUCAAUUAUUGUUAUAUAAUAAUAUAUAUCUGUAAUAAUAAUAACAACUUUGCUUGUACCUAAUUUCAAGGAAGGAGAAGUGGGAAAAAACUAGUAUGACUAUCGCCUUUCUUACCCAUAGAUCUUAUAAAAAUCCACAGUAGCCAGUAGUGUUUACGAUAUAUCGUAUUUGUUACCUGACCAAUUACGAUAUGUUGUGAUAGUAAUGAUGAGCAAUUACCUCGCGUCCGCCUGCCUAAGUUGGUUGACUGAAUUGUUUGCAUUGUUGAUAUACAAAGCGUCCCACGGUUACACCACAUGGUACUUCCCGUACCUUAAAUAUUGUAGAUGUAACAUUUUACUGAAAGAAGACUUUAUUUCAAUUAAAAAAAAAAAACAAUUUAAACUGCGUUUAUAUAUUUUUAAAUAACUGCCUGUUGGUACCGGGAAUCGAACCCGAUCGAAAGGCUUCAUCAUAAUGCUUAUUUUUUGCUUCAUAACAUCUUAUCAGACAAAAAGAAGCUCACUAAAAUGAAAAGCUGACAUUGUCAUGUUCGAUUCCUGAAGCAACCAUGCAAUUAUUUAAACAUCUGUACUUAAACUGCAUUAGUUUAAGUUGUUUUUUUAAAUUGAAACAAAGUCAUAUUUCAGUAAAAUGUACAUCUACAAUAAUAAAAGUACCUACUUCCCCUCCACGUGGUAUAGUCGUGGGACGCCCUGUAUACAUACCAUAGGUAUUUGAAGUAAUGUGUUAUUAGGUCGAUGAUAUGGGUUUAACCAAGUGAAGCGCGUAAGAAGUUUAAUCAUUCCAUAGAGUACAGAUACAAUACAAUAUAGUUUAUUUUAAUAAUUAUCAUAUAAUGAAGAUUUAUUGUAGUUAUGAUUGUCUGACAUUACUGAGCGCUUAUUUGAAUAAAUAAUGUUAUGGAUAGCG